AUGUCGAUAAAGCACAAUUCUACAGUCCUUGUGGAUCUGGGUUCAUAUAAACUCGAGGUAACGGUCCACGGUCCGCCCCGACGCGCCCACAACCCGAUUGUGAUCAUCAUCCCCGACAUAGGCAGCAGUAUCAAAGAAUGGACCGUCGUCACCAAAAUGCUAGCAGAUUCCAUGGCUGUGGUCGACUACGAACGUGCCGGAUACGGGAAAAGUGAAUAUAUUCCUUCGGGAGACUCAAGAGCACCUGCGGCCCUAGCUAUGGAACUACAUACGCUCCUACGAGCUGCGAAAAUCGCACCACCUUACAUCAUGGUUUGCCACUCUCGUGGUGCCAGCAUACUGCGGGAAUUUACAAAGUUGAGAAACCUGGCCCAAUUCAAGGGUUUUGUAUUUGUGGACGCAAAGACUGGGCCAUUGGAUCUGUCUGUCGAACCGAAACUUUCAAGGUCUGAUUCGUUAAAGCUGUGCUAUGGAGACUGUCAUCGUUUAGUCGAGUCGGCAUGGCAAGCUUUAUUGGACGAAGAGGCUCGUGCGGGUCAUCAAGCAGCAGCUGAAAGGGAAAUAGCCGAAUACCGUGUCAGUGGAGAAAACUCUUCUGUCAUGGGCCCGUCGAGUGUUGAACAGCCUGAAUACGGACGUGUUCCUCUGGUAGUUCUCCAGGCGGAUGCUGCAGUUGAUACGAGAAAGAUAAAUGGAGAAGUAGAGUUAGUAGAAAACGAGACUGAGGCUGACGUCAAUGACACGAGAGAACUGAAUGGGUUGGGACAAAAGAGUCUUCUGAACUUGUCUGAACGAUCACAGUACCGAUAUAUAACUGGAGCUGGAGAGAGGAUACACUUGGCCUCGCCGGAAAGAGUUGCAGAUGCUAUAACGUGGGUCUUGAUGCAGUAUAGAUGUUGA